AUGACGCAACGUAACGUGCUCCAACAGGUGAAGGCGAUCAUCCCGCCACUCUUGCCCGAGUUCCACAAGGGCCAGGCGGGCCGCGUCGGGAUCCUCGGUGGCUGCCGCGAGUACACCGGCGCGCCGUUCUACGCGUCCGUGUCGAGCAUGCGCCUCGGCUGCGACAUGUCCUUUACGCUCUGUGCGCCGGACGCCGCCCCGGCACUCAAGACCUACUCGCCGGACCUGAUCGUGCAACCCGUCCUGGACACGAGCAAGAGCCGGGACGAGGUGCGCGAGGAGCUGCGUGGCAUCUUUGGGCGGCUCCAUAGCCUGGUUGUCGGCCCCGGACUCGGCAGGGAUCCCCAGCUGCAGGACCUGGCGCGCAUCGCGAUCGAGGAGGCGCGCGCCGCCGAGCUGUACCUUGUUGUCGACGCCGAUGGCCUCUGGCUCGUGCAGAACAACCCCAAGACGGUGCAGGGAUACAAGCGCGCCGUCCUUACGCCGAACGUCGUCGAGUUUGGGCGCCUGUGCGACGCCAUGAAAAUCGACCGUGCGGACCCGAUGCAGACCGCGCAGCGCCUGAGCGAGGCGCUGGGCGGCGUGACGAUCCUCGAAAAAGGGGGCGUCGACCGCAUUGCGUCGCCACACGAGGUGCUCGUGUCCGACGUGCAAGGCGGCCUGAAGCGCUGUGGCGGCCAGGGCGAUCUGCUCAGUGGCAUGCUCGGGACCUUUCUUGCGUGGGCGCAGCGGUACACGGAGCGCGGCCUGCACGAGGUGCCGGCCGACCGCCUCCCCCUUGUCGCGGCGUACGGCGCAUCGGUCGUGACGCGCACCACGUCGCACACCGGCUUUGCACGCCUGGGUCGCAGCAUGCUCACGCAGGACCUGCUGAACGAUAUCGGCCACGCGUAUGAACACCUCUUUGAAGCGUGA